CGCCAUGACCCCCAGCCUCACGGCCCUGCUCUGCCUCGGUGAGAUGGAGGAGGGGGAGGGGAAGCCCCAGCCAGGGACGGACCCCUCCCCACAGCCAGGCUGCUCUGUCAGGAGACCCCAGGACUCAGGAGGCUCACGGGUAGGAGAGGCGCUGCUCAGGAUUCAGGGCGAACCUCUCACAGGGGUCUCUCUUCCAGGGCUGAGUGUGGGCCUGAGGACCCAGGUGCAGGCAGGCACCCUCCCCAAACCCACCAUCUGGGCUGAGCCAGGCUCUGUGAUCCCCUUGGGGAGCCCCGUGACCAUCUGGUGUCAGGGGACCCUGGGGGUCUCGGAGUUCCAUCUGAAUAAAGAGGGAAGCUCACGUCCCUGGGACAUACAGCCCUCACUGGAGCCCGGGAACAAGGGCAAGUUCUUCAUCUCAUACAUGACACAGGACUACGCAGGGAGAUAUCACUGUUACUACCUCAGCCCCACUGACUGGUCAGAGAGCAGUGACCCCCUGGAGCUGGUGGUGACAGGGGCCCACAGGAAACCCACCCUCUCAGCCCUGCCGAGCCCUGUGGUAACCUCGGGAGGGAACGUGACCCUCCAGUGUGGCUCAUGGCAGCGAUUGGACGGGUUCAUUCUGACUAAGGAAGGAGAAUCCAAGUCCUCCUGGACCCUGGAUGCACAGCGAGGCCGCCAUGGGCAGACCCAGGCCCUGUGCCCCGUGGGUCGCGUGACCCCCAGCGACAGGUGGAUGUUCAGAUGCCACGGCUUUUACAGGAACACCCCGCAGGUGUGGUCGGCCCCCAGUGACCCCCUGGAGCUCCUGGUCCCAGGUGUGUCUGGGAAGCCCUCCCUCCUGACCCUGCAGGGCCCUGUCGUGGCCUCUGGACAGAGCCUGACCCUCCAGUGUCGCUCUGACGUCGGCUAUGACAGAUUCGCUCUGUCCCAGGAGGGGAGACAGGCCCUCCCCCAGAGCCCUGGCCGGCAGCCCCAGGCUGGGCUCUCUCAGGCCGACUUCCCCCUGGGCCGGGUGACCAUCACCCACGCGGGCCGGUACAGAUGCUACGGUGGACACAACCUCUCCUCCGAGUGGUCGGCCCCCAGUGACCCCCUGGACAUCCUGGUGGCAGGGUGGUUCCCUGACACGCCCUCCCUCUCGGUGCAGCCGGGCCCCAUGGUGGCCUCAGGAGAGAACGUGACCCUGCUGUGUCAGUCAGGGAGCACAAGGGAAACUUUCCUUCUGUCCAAGGAGGGGGCAGCCCAGCCCCCACUGCGUCUUAGAUCAAAGUACCGAGGUGGGCAUUUCCAGGCCGAAUUCUCCAUGAGUCCCGUGACCUCAGCCCACAAUGGGACCUACAGGUGCUACAGCUCACUCAGCAGUAACCCCUACCUGCUGUCACACGCCAGUGCCCCCCUGGAGCUCGUGGUCUCAGGGGUAACUGACAUUCUCAGUCCAUCACAAAAUAAGUCAGACGCCAACACCUCACACCCCCAAGACUACACAGUGGAGAACCUCAUCCGGAUGGGCAUGGCCGGCUCAGUCCUGCUGGGCCUCAGGAUUCUGCUCUUUCAGGCUCAACACGCACGGAGGAGCCCAAGAUGCAGCCAGGAGGUAAACAGAGGGAACAAACCCACCAUUCGUUUGGGACCAGCCUCCCACUGGACACACCCUCGGAUCUCCGUCCUGAGGGCACCGUGGUCUCCUCCAUCUGCACCGCCUGGACCACAGGGACGAGACGCCAUGACCCCCAGCCUCACGGCCCUGCUCUGCCUCGGGCUGAGUGUGGGCCUGAGGACCCAGGUGCAGGCAGGCACCCUCCCCAAACCCACCAUCUGGGCUGAGCCCGGCUCUGUGAUCCCCUUGGGGAGCCCCGUGACCAUCUGGUGUCAGGGGACCCGGGGGGCCCGGGUGUUCCUUUUGGAUAAACAGGGAAGCUCACCUCCCUGGGACAGACGGCCCUCACUGGAGCCCAGGGACAAGGGCAACUUCUCCAUCCCACAUAUGACUCAGGACUACGCAGGGAGAUAUCACUGUUACUACCUCAGCCCCACUGGCUGGUCAGAGCGCAGUGACCCCCUGGAGCUGGUGGUGACAGGGGCCCACAGGAAACCCACCCUCUCAGCCCUGCCGAGCCCUGUGGUGACCACGGGAGGGAACGUGACCCUCCAGUGUCGCUCUUGGCAGCGACUGGACAGGUUCAUUCUGACUAAGGAAGGAGAAUCCAAGUCCUCCUGGACCCUGGAUGCACAGCGAGGCCCCCAUGGGCAGACCCAGGCCCUGCGCCCCGUGGGUCGCGUGACCCCCAGCGACAGGUGGAUGUUCAGAUGCCACGGCUUUUACAGGGACACCCCCCAGGUGUGGUCGGCCCCCAGUGACCCCCUGGAGCUCCUGGUCUCAGGUGUGUCUGGGAAGCCCUCCCUCCUGACCCUGCAGGGCCCUGUCGUGGCCUCUGGACAGAGCCUGACCCUCCAGUGUCGUUCUGACGUCGGCUAUGACAGAUUCGCUCUGUCCCAGGAGGGGAGACAGGCCCUCCCCCAGCGCCCUGGCCGGCAGCCCCAGGCUGGGCUCUCUCAGGCCGACUUCCCCCUGGGUCGGGUGACCAACACCCACGCGGGCCGGUACAGAUGCUACGGUGGACACAACCUCUCCUCCGAGUGGUCGGCCCCCAGUGACCCCCUGGACAUCCUGGUGGCAGGGUCGUUCCCUGACACGCCCUCCCUCUCGGUGCAGCCGGGCCCCGUGGUGGCCUCAGGAGAGAACGUGACCCUGCUGUGUCAGUCAGGGAGCACAAGGGAAACUUUCCUUCUGUCCAAGGAGGGGGCAGCCCAGCCCCCACUGCGUCUUAGAUCAAAGUACCGAGGUGGGCAUUUCCAGGCCGAAUUCUCCAUGAGUCCCGUGACCUCAGCCCACAUUGGGACCUACAGGUGCUACAGCUCACUCAGCAGUAACCCCUACCUGCUGUCACAUGCCAGUGCCCCCCUGGAGCUCACGGUCUCAGGACCCUCUGGGGGCCCCAGCCCCCCACCGACAGGCCCCAGUUCAACCCCAGGUCUCAAAUGGUACCUGAACGUCCUGAUCGGGGUCUCGGUGGCCUUCGUCCUGCUGCCCCUCGUCCUCCUCGUCCGACACCGGGGUCAGAGCAGACGCAGGAAGUCGGCCCAGGGCGAGGCUGAUUUCCACCCUCCCGCAGGGGCUGCAGACCCAGAGCCCAAGGACACAGGCCUGCAGAGCAGCUCCUGCCCAGCCGCCGGCACCCAGGACCAGGCCCUCUAUGCUGCCGUGAAGGACACACAGCCUGAGGACGGGGUGCAGCUGGACCAUCCGCAGAACAGGCAGGAUGCAGACCCCCAGGAGGGGACGUAUGCCCAGGUGAACCACUCAAGAUCAAGAUUAAGGCGGGGGGUGGCCACCUCUCCUUCCUCCCUGUCGGGGAGAUUGCUGGACACGGAAGACAGACAAGCGGAAGAGGACGGGCAGAGGGACGGUCAGGCCGCCGCCUCUGAAGCCCCCCAGGAUGUGACCUAUGCCCAGCUGAACCACUCGACCUUCAGACGGGAGACUGCAACCCCUGCCCCCCAGUCAGGGGAGCCCCCAGAAGAGCCCAGCGUGUAUGCUGCUCUCGCCGUCCGCUAGCCCAGGAAGGACCCAGACCCCACGCUCCAGGGAGGAAGACUGCACGGACCCCGGAAGGCACAGGAGCUGCCUGCCCGCAGUGGACACCGCCUAACGACCAACAGACAGCCUGGACUCCCAACACAGACCACCAGGAGCCCCUGGGGCCCUUUGGCAGUCACCUGAUUCUACCCUCAAAGAUAACUAAUAUCCUUACGUUUUAGAAAAAAAGCAACAGACUGCUCAAUUACCAAUGAUUUUGAAAAAGAAUAGGAAAUGAUUCCAAAUGAAGGUAGAAGCAGGGAAAUAACAAUGAGAAGAGUAGCUACUAAUGAGGACAAAGAAAAAGUAGAGAAAAAUCAAUAAAGCCAAAAACUUCAAUCCUGAAAACAUUAAUCACACGUAUAUACCCUAGGUACAAUGACCAAGGGAAAAAGAGAGAAGGCAUGCUUUACCAUUAUCACGACACUACGGCAGAUCCUACAGACUUUAUAUAAAUGAAGAAUUUUAUGAACAAUUUAUGCCAUUAUAUUAGAAAAUGUAGAUGAAAUGGACAAAAAUUCUCUAUAAUUUACCAAAAUGAUGAACAUUAGGAUAAAUAGGAAAUCUGGAUUGUUGUAUAUAUUAAAUAUGUGGAGUCUGUGAUUUUAAAUUUUCCCAAAAAGUGAACUCUGAGUCCGGAAGGCUUCACUGGUGAAUGCUCCUGAACACGUAUGCACUUAUGAAAUACACACACACACACACACACA